AGCGGAAGUGAGUGUCACCUGACUUCAGCAUAUGAUCCACAGGUGGAGCGGAAGCAGCAGCGGUUGUAUCUUUCAUUGAGCUGAUUAAGAGUUAUUGAGGUAAAAGGCCAUGGCCGGACGGGGGAAAUUAAUCGCAGUUAUCGGGGAUGAAGACACCUGUACCGGCUUCCUGCUCGGAGGAAUCGGAGAGCUGAAUAAAAACCGGAAACCCAAUUUCUUGGUGGUGGAGAAGGACACCAGUGUCACUGAGAUCGAGGAGACAUUUAAGAGUUUCCUGGCUCGGAACGAUAUCGGCAUUAUCCUUAUCAACCAGUUUGUUGCUGAGAUGAUCCGGCACGCGAUCGACGCUCAUUUGCAGUCCAUCCCUGCCGUUUUGGAGAUCCCGUCUAAAGAGCAUCCUUACAACGCUUCCAAAGACUCGAUCUUGCGCAGGGCUAAGGGCAUGUUCUCUGCCGAGGAUUUCCGAUAAGCGUCAUGGCAUCGUCAAGCAUCUGGUGCUUUUAUAAAUGUGUGUUAAUGUGGAUGUUGUUCAGUGUCUCUCUUUUCAUUGCAUUAAAAGAACAUGAAACAAGUUUGCCAGUAAAAAAAAAAAAGUAGCAUGUGUACAUUGUGAUUUCCAAGAACAAAAAAGACAUGUAUUGCAUUUAAAAUAAUUGUGUGUGAGUCUGGUGAACAUGAAGGGACGUUUUUCAUGUUAAUUAAAAGUAUAUCGCAAAUAAA